CCGCCGUCGUCGCGAGGGUGAGAUCCGACGAGACGGGAGCCGGGCGGUCGCGUAAGAAAGAAAGCUCGUAAAAAAAAAAAAAAAGUACAAAAACGGGGAACGAAAGAGCGCGCCGCCGCCUCGACGCCUCCACCGCCAUGAGGCUGGAGGAGAUGCCGUUGCGGCUGAGCUCCGACGAGCGGGACUUUGAAAUGGACGACGACGAGACCGACUACCUGCUGCAACCGUCCGAGGACAGCAUCAGGCAGCUGACGUCGAGGCGACGGCGCAUCGUCAAUUGCUCCAAGUACCUGAAGAGCUGCCUCUGCGGAUGCUGCACUUGGAUGUGGAGGAGAUGCUGCAGAGAACGUGAAUUGAGAGCUAGAGUUAUCCAUAUUGGGCAGCCUAUGCAUGAAAAGUUUCCCACUAAUGUUAUAAGAAAUCAAAAAUACAAUAUUGUUACUUUUCUGCCUUUGGUCCUCUUUCAGCAGUUCAAAUUCUUCUUGAAUUUAUACUUUCUGCUUAUGGCUAUAUCUCAGUUUAUACCAGAUAUAAGAAUAGGAUACUUAUACACAUAUUGGGGGCCAUUGUGCUUUGUUUUAACUGUGACAAUUUUCCGCGAAGCCGUUGAUGAUUUUAGAAGAUACAAGAGAGACAAGGAAGUCAAUGCACAAAAAUAUUAUAGACUAGUGAAAGGUUUUGAUACGCCAGAAUUAGUACCAAGUUCCAAAUUACGCGUGGGCGACUUGGUUAUAGUAGAGAAAGGUCAGAGAGUACCAGCUGAUUUAGUAUUAUUACGCACAACCGAGAAAUCUGGUGCGUGUUUCGUGCGAACCGAUCAGCUGGAUGGAGAAACGGAUUGGAAAUUAAGAUUAGCAGUGCCUGCAACGCAAAAAUUGGAAAGCAAUUCCCAGUUGUUUGAUAUUAAAGCCAGUUUAUAUGUCGAAAAACCUCAAAAAGAUAUACAUAGCUUUAUCGGCACCUUUUCGAGGUAUGAUGGAUAUAGUAGUGAAGAAAGCUUGGGCGUGGACAAUACAUUAUGGGCCAACACAGCUGUGGCAUCUGGUUCCGCUCUUGGUAUCGUCGUUUACACCGGUCAGGAAACACGAUCUUUGAUGAAUCACUCGGAAAUCCGAUCAAAAGUUGGUUUGCUCGAUCAAGAGAUCAAUCAGUUGACAAAGGUAUUAUUUUGCGCGGUAAUAGGACUCGCGCUUGUAAUGAUGUGCUUGAAAGGAUUCAAUGGACCAUGGUAUCGUUAUAUGUUCCGUUUUGUGUUGCUAUUCUCAUACAUUAUACCGAUCAGCUUGCGAGUAAAUUUGGAUAUGGGCAAAGCAUUUUACGCAUGGUGCAUACAAAGGGAUAAAGAUAUUGCUGGUACGGUCGUGAGAACGACCACUAUUCCGGAAGAACUUGGACGUAUUUCGUAUUUGCUGAGCGACAAGACUGGCACGUUAACACAAAAUAAGAUGGUGUUCAAAAAGUUACAUCUGGGCACUAUAUCUUACGGCCAGGAGACUUUCGACGAGGUAACCUCUGUAUUAAAGACUUACUAUCCAAUCGAAACGGAGCAAUCACCAGUAAAAGCGGCGCCAUCCGCCUACAGUGGAAAAGUCCGAAGAUCCGAGAACACUCGAAUUUACGAUGCUGUACAUGCUUUAGCCUUGUGUCACAACGUAACCCCGGUGUAUGAUGAAGUGAAUAAAUCCACGAAUUUAGACUCGGUGAGCGUGCAAACAGUGGAAACCGGAGAUACAGGCUCUAUCCAGAGUCAAACAGAGGCAGAUCAACAUUACUACCUGCCGGAACAGAAACGUAAUUAUCAAGCCUCGAGCCCGGACGAAGUGGCUCUAGUGAAAUGGACGGAGGAAAUAGGACUGGCUCUGGUUAAGCGGGACCUAACUUCAAUGCAAUUGAAAACUUUGAAUGGUCAAAUAUUGAAUUACACUAUACUACAAAUAUUCCCUUUUACAUCGGAAACUAAGCGAAUGGGAAUAAUCGUGAGAGAGGAAUCCAGCUCCGAGAUUAUAUUCUAUUUAAAAGGUGCCGACGUUGUGAUGUCUGGCAUUGUGCAAUAUAAUGAUUGGCUGGAAGAGGUGUGCGAAAACAUGGCGCGUGAAGGUUUCAGAACGUUAGUCGUGGCAAAGAAAAAUCUUACUGAAGAUCAAUACCUUGAUUUUGAAGCCAGAUACAACGCGGCGAGGAUGAGCGUCAGCGAUCGUGUAUCCAGGGUCGCCGCGGUGGUGGAAAGUUUCGAGAGAGAAAUGGAAUUAUUAUGCGUGACUGGUGUUGAGGACAGGUUGCAAGACCGAGUGAGGCAAGACCGAGUGAGGCCUACCCUGGAACUUCUGAGGAACGCUGGAAUCAAGAUAUGGAUGUUAACUGGUGACAAAUUGGAGACUGCGACUUGCAUAGCAAAAUCCUCGCGGCUCGUGUCGCGCACUCAAGGUCUUCAUGUCUUUAAAUCUGUCGUGACACGCACGGACGCCCAUUUGGAACUGAAUACAUUUCGCAAAAAGCAAGAUUGUGCCUUAGUUAUCAGCGGUGAUUCUUUAGAAGUGUGCCUGCAGUAUUACGAGCAAGAGUUUCUAGAACUCGCUUGCGGCUCACCCGCUGUCGUUUGCUGCCGAUGCUCUCCUACGCAGAAAGCCGAAGUUGUCAGUCUCAUACAAAGACACACUGGCAAGAGAACAGCUGCCGUCGGCGAUGGCGGUAACGAUGUCUCUAUGAUACAAGCCGCAGACGCUGGAAUUGGUCUUGAGGGUCUUGAGGGAAGACAAGCAUCGCUAGCUGCUGAUUUUUCAAUUUCUCAGUUUAGUCAUCUUGCUAAUUUACUAUUAGUCCACGGCAGAAGAAGUUAUAAACGAUCUGCUGCAUUGAGUCAAUUCGUUAUACACCGUGGUCUGAUAAUCUCAACUAUGCAGGCUGUGUUCUCUGCAGUCUUUUAUUUAUCUUCAGUUGCCUUAUAUCAAGGUUUUCUUAUGGUAGGGUACGCUACAAUAUAUACAAUGUUUCCUGUAUUUUCAUUGGUAUUAGACAAGGAUGUAUCAGGAAAGAUAGCGCUCACUUAUCCGGAACUUUAUAAAGAACUUAGUAAAGGCCGUUCGUUGUCAUAUAAAACAUUUUUUAUGUGGGUUUUAAUAAGUAUAUAUCAAGGAGGAGUGAUUAUGUAUGGCGCGCUUAUAAUGUUCGAGGAUGAAUUCAUUCAUAUAGUGGCCAUAAGUUUUUCAGCGCUAGUUUUGACAGAAUUAAUAAUGGUCGCUUUAACAAUUAGGACCUGGCAUCACAUAAUGAUGCUUGCAGAAAUCUUCUCUCUAGCGCUCUACUUAUUAUCGUUGGUCGUCCUAAAGGAUUACUUCGAUGCUGAAUUUAUUAAAACAACAGACUUCUUGUGGAAGGUAUUGGUGAUAACGUUGGUCUCGUGUAUGCCGCUAUACAUCCUAAAAUUUUUGCGGAAGAAAUUUUCGCCUCCUAGCUAUACUAAAUUAUCUUAAAAUCUUAUGCGGAAAUUAAUUCAUCCGCGUAUAGAUGACAAGGGAGGAUAAGACAUCAAACAUCGUAACAUAUUAAGAACACGAAGAAAAGCUGUAUAAAAAUUUCGUUUUCUUCUACAAUAUCC